GGGGAGGGGCCAGGAGGGACGAGGGGGAGGGGCCAGGAGCGGGAGGGGGGUGCCGUGGCGCCGCUCUUGGGCCGCGAGGCUUCCCCCUGGGCCCGCGGCGCCACGCGGAGACCGCGACAGCAGCAGCAGCAGGAGGUGGUUUAAGAAUCUGCCGGUGUCUGUGCUGGAGGUGGACGUCGGAUAUCUGUGCGGUCUGGAGCGGUGGACAAUAGACUUCUGCAGCUCAACCAGAGGUUGAACACGAAAUCUAACACUCUUCUGAAAUUCGUGGUCCACCAGGAAACUUUUUGGUGCCACUGCUGGCGUCAGUGGCUUGAGGCUGAGAGAGCAGCAGAGGAGGCGACACGGGGAGCCGGGCCGCGUGUGCGCGUGUCAGGGGCAAGACAAGCGGGCGACUCAACACUUCACAGCGUGGGUGACUCUGCAUUGUCGUGAUGGCAUUAACAAAUCCUGCAUAUGAGAUCAUAAGAACCAACAAAGUGAAACUGCAGACAUACCUCCAGGCGAAUUCUUCAGAAGUGCUUGACCAUUCACAACAAGCAGGGAUCCUGUACAGUGAAUACGCGUCCCUUAAAAGCAAGACUGACCCCAUUGCACGAACACGGGACCUGGUUGACCUGGUGCUCGACAAGGGAGAAGAAGUGUGCAUGAGAUUCAUUGAAGCCGUGCUGGUGCCGCUGAGAUCCGAGAUCCCUCCCUUGGUUCAGUGGAUAUCACAACAUGAGCAGCAGCUCUACGUGAUGGGUGUCGAUCUGAGCAGAUCUGCGGGUAAAGCCAUCCCUGGAGCAGCUUCUCAUAGCCCUGGUGAUGAUUACCGAGAAUUCUUGCUGAAGCUGACAUCAUUAACACGAGACUACAACGCACGACCUGGAGAACCUGCAGUGUUUUUGCGAGAGAGGAUGGUGAAGCCAAUUCUGGUUCCCUACUACCACCAGCAAGAAACCAAGGAGCACGAGUUACUAUCGAGAGGCAAGCAGCACGAGAUAAUGAUGGAGAGAGCACAGAGAGAAGGGAUGACUUACAAUAAUCUCUUUGAUCCCGUUGAAUCCAUUGGGGAACAAAACCACCCCCGACUGGUUAUUGUAGUGGGGACUCCAGGCAGCGGUAAAACCAUGUUGAGCAAAUUCAUUGUGCACAGCUUGCUGUCAGGAGAGAAAGUGUUUGCACAACGCUUUGAGCACAUUGUGCUCAUGAUGUUCAGGGAGAUAAAUGAUGUUGGAGAGAUGUCACUGGCAGAGCUGUUUUCUAAGCUGCACUCAUGUUUGGGAAACAAAGCGAAUGAGAUUUUCACAAACCAAGAGAGAACCCUUUUUGUUAUGGAUGGAUUGGACGAGUUUGGAAAGUGCCUUCACUAUGCCAAUGCUUGUACUGAUCCACGUAAGACGGCAACAGUAGAAACCAUAAUUGCUGCCCUAGUGAAUGGAAAACUCUUGCCCAAGGCCUCGGUCUUGAUAACGACCAGACCCAUUGCCAUGGAGCAGCUGAGUGAAGUGAAUGUUGAUCUAGCUGUUGAAAUCACUGGGUUUUCCAACGAAGCUAAAGUAGCAUUCUUUAACAAAUUUUACCAAGAUAGGAGUCUAGUAGAAAGGGCACUCAAGCUCCUGCAGGAAAAUGAAACAGUGAAUACAUUGUGCCAUAACCCUUCAUUCUGCCAUAUAGCAGCCAUUACACUGAAGGAACAUUUUCAAAAGUCUGAACAUUCUGAGAUUAUCCUCAAAUCAAUGACCGACCUCUUCACACAAUACGUGUUUGGGCUCAUAGUACACCAUAGACGUGGCAGCCGCAGAGCCAAGGAAAUUGUAUCACCGCUUGCCAAUAUGGCUCUGAAGGGGGUUCAGCAAAACAUCCAGAUGUUCAGCCAAAAAGAUCUAGAAGAGUGUGCUGUUAGUUCUUCUGAACUAGGAAGUACAUUCAUCAACAAAGUGUUCACAUGUGAGGGCAUUAAACAAGGGAGUUGUUAUUCUUUUUUACACUUGACAAUGCAGGAAUUCUUUGCAGCAAUAGCCGUGCAUCUGUCACAUUCAACAUGGCCAGUGAGUGACGUCAUCAAAUCUAUUGAGGAUAGCAAAGAUGGGAGGUUGGAUGUGUUUCAGAGGUUUUUUUGUGGACUAGCAUCAAGCACUCCAUGGAAGUUCUUUGAGGGUAUCUUGGAUCCUCCAUCUGCAGAUUCUCAAAAGGAAAUAAUCGAGUGGCUCUAUCGCAGCAUGAAGACUCAGAAGGUUGACAAACACAGGUUCAUCAGUCUCCUGCACUGCGUGCACGAGCUGCACGACUGCAUAUACUUGAGUGAUGUGACUCGGUCCAUGACUGAGAUAGACCUGUCAGGCACAAGGCUGUCCCUGCCAGACUGCGCUGCCCUCUCCUGGAUCCUGCAGCAUCGAGAAGAGCCUGUGCAGACACUCAACCUGUUCGGCUGUGGCAUUGGCACCGAGGAAAUGAAGAUACUCCAGCCUGGACUGCACAGAUGUAAAGAGCUAAUGCUCAGUAACAACGGCAUCGGAGACAGCGGCCUCCGACUUUUGGCUGAUGGGAUGUUUGGGAGAGAAGGGAGUUUGGAGGCGCUACAGUGAGUGAUGUCCUGAUGUACACACACUUAUAUAAACACCUAAGCAAAUAUCAACACACAAAUACAGACACAAAACACAACGAUACUCAGUAUUGAUAAAAUAUUUCAUAUUUCACUUGUUUUUAUGCACAUUAAUUAACUAGCCUCACUUGUUGCAGCACUUUAAACCACUAUUAAUUUACAUUACAAUUACAAAUUCCCAAUCAGAUUCUCACAAAUAACCUACUCUACCCUAUAGAUUAUUUCACUCCAUAAGUGGAAAUUAAGAGAUUAGAAAAACUAUCGGCAGACAUCUUGACCUUUUCAUUACUACACCACAACCUGACCCUUAUUAAUGCCAUAAACUCACCAAUGUACCCCAUGUGACUUUUAAACACCACCCCUAUUAAUGUUAACAUCAUUUUAACUGUACCCAAUAUACAGUUUAAAUCAGCCACAGCUACGUGAUGGGUAAUGAGUGGAUUCAGAGGUGGGCAGAGACUCCUAUGUAUUUAUCACUGAUGUUCGUCAGGAGUUGGAAUCUGUUUUGGGUUGGGUUGAUAGAGCAGGGCGCUAACCACUGUGGCAACACGCCACCACCAACAACAACAACACUUGCCAUUCACCAUUAAGUGGCAGUGACGUCUCCACAGCUCCUGUGCCAGGUGCAAUUUGAGGACACGUGAAGUGUCGAAGGCUCAAUGGCAGCAGGGCAUGGACAGAAUAAGGUGCCAUGGGUUGACUGACUGAGAUGGCUAGCAGAUGCACCAACUGUGCCCCCACCUGUGCCAACUUUCUGCAUUUUAGCCGCUCGACGCUACACUAGAUUUUGUGAGCGUCACUGCUGUGCCCUCCGUUGUUGGGUGAGGGUGACUGCCUCCAACUGACUAGUAGCGUCCUUCACGAGCCUCUUUCAUAGAGGCCAAUCUCAACACCACAGGUACCGGUCUAUGGCAAAUCCACUUGGCUCCACAUCCUCCCAUACCGCAUCAGUCCAUCUUGUCUCCAGCCAGUGUGGUGUCGAUUUAGCCCCGUCUAUCCAGCCAAAUAAAAGCUGCUUGGACAUGCGGUGGCUGAGCAUGCAGGACAAAUGACCCACCCAAAGCAGCCUUGCCUUUUGGAGAUCACCGAGUGGAAUGUCCAAAUCUUUCGAGGAUUUGUGAGCUCCUCACACAAUCCAGCCUGGUUAAACCCAGGAUAGAUUGUACAGGCCAGCAUGAAUAUUAAAACUGUUGCAGAUGUUACAUCAGAGGGGGCCACGUAUCAUAAGCAUAGAGAAGGGAGGGCAUAACUGUUGCUGAGGAAGAUGUGAAGUUUCAAGUGUAGCGACAGACCAGGCAGCUUCCACACAGCAUUAUGCAGGCGAUGAAAAUAUACUGCUUCCUGACUGAUUCUAAGUGAGACCUCUAAUUUCAAACCAGAGGUGGUUCUAAAUGCACUGCCCAGGUAGGGAAAGCUCUUUACUUUCUACACAACUGUGCCACCACAAAUGGGGAGUUGAGGUGGUGGAGUGUUUGAUGCACAAAAUACCCAAGAAGGUACUUAGCUUUGGAAGGCCUGAUGGUAAUGCCCUACAUCUUAGUACCACACUCCAGAUAAAGCAGCAGUGCCUCCACCUCCUUAUCUGAGUUGAUGGUAGCAGAAGGAUUGGGAGAAGCUAAAGAAGAAAUGCGUGGAGUUGGGGAGCAAAUGGGGAAAGUGUAAUACAUGGGAGGACAUAUCAGAAAUUGGAGACAUUUGUGAGGAAAGUGGAGGAGUUGAAUAGGAAAGUGGAGAUAGAGAGGAAAUAUGAAUGUUUGAGGAAGUGGGAAUAAUUAUUGAGACAAUGGUAGGAGGUAAAUAUAUUUAUUGGGAGGUAGGGAGAACAUGGGUUGGGUUUGUAAAGAUGUGGAAGAAGAUGUAGGGAAGGGGAGGAGUUAGACAGGAAAUGGGACAAGCUAUAGCGAACAUGCGAUGGCUUAUAGAGGAAACGGUAGGAGUUAGAAGGAAUGGGAGGAAUGGAGGAUAUUGGAGAGUUAUAGAAGACAUUUUAGGAAUUGGAGAGGCCAUGAGAGGAUUUAGAAAGGAAUGAGUGGUGUCGAUGGAAAUUGAAGCUUGAGUCAACUCAGUAGGAGUAUGAGUAGAAUCGUGAGGUAUUGAGGAAUUAGGAAGGGCUACAAAUAAAAUUGGAGUUGUAGAAAAUUAGAGGAAAUAGCACGGAAAAUGUGAGAGCUUCGUGAGUAUGUGGGUCAAAUUAGUUAAAAGGGGAAUGGCGUUAGGAAAUAGGAGCAGUUAGAAAAUGGUUGGAGCUAGAGAGGAAGUCUGAAGAGAUGGAGAACAUGCGAUCAAUUCGAGAGGAAGUGCGAGGAGGCAUUGAUAUAUGUGAGAAGUUUGUGAGGCAUUGGGUGAAUUUACAGGAUUUGAGGUGUUAGAAUUGUAGGAGUGAAAUGAUAGCGUUAUAUUACACGUAUGAGGGGUCAAAUAGGUGGGAGGAGAUAGAGAAGAAAUGGAAGGAGUAAAAAUAAAACGUAUAGGGAAUUAGAGAAGCUAGAAAGGAAGGAAUGAAAGAGAAAAUAGGAGUAACAGGAUAUGGGAAAAUGUUGUAUAAUAAUUGGGAUUGGUUUGAGGAUACGUGAAGAGCUGGUUGGAAUUUGAGGAAGUGGGGAGUUUGUGAAGAAAGGGAAAUCACAUUUGAGACAUGGGAAUUGUGAGUUGGGGGUAAAUUUUUGAUGUGUGUGAAAAGUGGGAGACGUUAGUGAGGAAAUCAGAGGAGGUAGCAGGGGAAUCGGAACUAGAUGAAAUGGGAGUUCAUAUAUAACUGGGAUAUAUUACAAAGGAAGUGGAAGAAUUUAGUGAGGAAAUAAGAGGAGUCUAGCGGCCGCCCAGGGUGACCACACCGACCUCGGGCUCUUCCUUGUCCAUGAUCCCACUUGGCCCAUCCCCCCCCACCCCACCAAUAUACUACAUGCAUCCUUGUAUGGUACUGUACGUACGUUGUGAAAGAAGUUCAACAUACAUACAUGCAAUGAAUACAGGAAUCUCGCAUUAAACAAUGAAUGGUCGAGCCACAGAAUACAUUUAAUGCAAAACUGCAAUAACUUAACCCGUCAGAGGGAAGGGUUUGCUGUAUUUUUUUAUUUGCUACAUGGACGAUCCAGUUUAGCCAGUUUCCAGGCUGAGAGAUUCAUGGUUGCAUGAGCACAAGAACAACAAAACAACGACAAAAACAUCAAUAUUGCAGAGAACGAUUACUGGACCUUUAAAGAAUAUUGCACAAAUAAGAGGUUAGAUUUUUUCUUUUUUUGUAUUGCUCAAUAAUCCAACAAAACCACAACAUGAACAUUCGAGACAGAAACUUAGGUCAAAAACGUGAAACAGCCUGGCACAAUACGCCCUUAAAAUGGGGAGGGGGCCGACUGCAAGCACUUGGGUUCACUGCCUUACCACUAUCGGGCAAUGAUUUAGAGUAGCAUAUUUUCAUAGGAGGGGAAG